AAAAAAAAGGAAGAAGUGAGGGCUGGCAGUAGCUAAACGCAGGAAAGAGGAAGAAAAAGAAGAUUUCCGCCACUCUCUACAGCAGCAACUUUUCACCUCCGGAUCGAAGGCCAAACAAAGUCGGAUCGUGCUCAAAUUUUAGUAUGUUGUUCCUCACAUACUCCUCUUCAAAUCCAACGGUCAGAUUCUCAUUUUGAUGCUCGGAAGGCUGUUUUCUAGCUACAUUUUUAGACCUGCGUUUUUGGGAGUUUUUACUCCAUUUUAUGUUGAAUUGUUGAUUGUUGUUGUUCCAAGGUUGCUCCUUGAUGAUUGUGUAUGCCUCUAGUGUUUACUAGAGAGGAGAACUUGUUGUACCCACUUGGUUCUUGGUGAUUAGUGGAAGUUUGGGUGCCGUUGUUGAGCGGCCGUGGUUUUCUCCCCGAUUUGGGGUUUCCACGUAAAUCGUGUGUUCUUUAUCUUAUUUCCGUUGCUAUCUAUUUGUGGUGGUGGUGCUGAUUUUUGGAGUAUAUUGUGCUUUAUUGUUCAUCUCAUUAAUUUGGGGAAAAGAUUUUAUACGCUUCCGUUGUGUUUUGUUUCGUGCUUCCCCAACAGAAAGACACUAUGUUUUGGUAUUCCCUCCGUCGGCAUUUUGAUUACAAUUCUAUUUUCUCUCUCCUCUCAAUAAUUUUUAUUUAUUUGUUUGUUUUCAACUUUUCAUUGAUUAUUUGGUAAAAUAAAGUAUAGUGUCAUUUUUUGUUUUGUAGAACUUUGAACGUUAUUUUUUAAUACUCCGUAUGUAACUUUUAUUUUUGUGAAUGUGCAAAUUUAUAAAUAAAAUUAUUUCAAAAAAUUGUACUCCAGGUAGUAUUUUACUCCUCUUAAUUCAAUUUUGUAAAUAAAAUAGAGAGAGGAUAGUGCUAUCACUGCAAUGGGGAGUUAGGAACUUGGGCUCAUCUUCUUUUUUUUUUUUUAAAUGGAAUUAAUGAGGUUGAAGAAUGGAAGUGACGUGUGUCAUCUCCUCCGCACAGCAACUGUCGUGCAUGCACUUCUCCUAUAUAUCCCAUUCCACCCAAACCUCAUCUCUAAUCCCCCCACGCCCCCACUUUGUACUGAAACUUUUUUAUUGAUAAAUAAUUUGAUUGUUCAGUACAUUCUUGUCGUCCAUUAGCUAGCUAGCUAGCUUCUUUUUCUGUAAGAUUAUUUUUCACAAUAUGUAAUAAACUAAGCAUUGUUAUUGUGGAAGAAGAUGAUGGAAGAGAAUAGUAAUAAUAAGAUUAUUAGAAAUAAUGUUUUUAAGAGCAGGGGAAGGAAGAGAUUGAUUAUUAGAUGGUUGUUGGAGAGGGGAGUGAGACUGGGUAGGAAUGUGAUAAUGGCUGCCGCGGUCGUCUCAUCUGCGCCGUUGGUUCUCCCUCCGCUCUUAGCCAUCUCCGCCGUGGGAUUUGUGGUGUGGGUCCCAGCUGGUGUUGUGGUUGCUGGGUAUGCUGCUGUUGAGAAGCUCAUGGCCGCCCUGCUGCCACUGCCCCAACUCCCUUCUUCUUCCACACCUCAUGAUGAUGAUGAGAAAGAUUUUGAUGAAGAGGGAGAAGAGGUUUUUGCCAUUGAUGAGAAUUUGACAGAGGGAGUUGGUGAAUGCUUGAAGAGAGAAGACGGAGGGGGCAAAGAUGUCAUUGGUGAAUAUGGGAAUUUGGAGGAGAAAGGUUGUGAGGAUGAUGGUGGGAAAUGGUUGGAGGAGAAAUGCUAUGAAGAUGAUGGUGAGAAAUGCAUCCAAGGAGAAGAAGGUGAAGCCAUGGAGAUCACAACUUGUGUGAGUUUGGAAGAGGAAUGCAAUGUGGAUGACUUUAGCAAGAGCUUGGAGGAGGGAGGACGCGCGGACGACAAGUAUUUGAAUUUGGAGGGUGCCGACGAAUACUUGGAGGGAGGAGAGCAAUGGGGCUUUGAAGAAAUCCCCGUUGAAGGAGAUGAUGAUGAUGAUGAUGAUGAUGGAGAAUGCUUGGAGGGCAAAAAUGAGAUUAACAUUAAUGCUCAUAGUUUGAAGGAAGGUUAUAUGGAGGAACCAAAUGAAAGUGAGGAAGAGGAUUUGAAGAAUGUUUCUAACCCAUUCGAAUCCGGACCGAAAUAUGCAUCAGAUGGAAGGGAUUAUUCUGAAUGUAGUGUUGACUAUACCUGCACCAUUAUUUCUGCAGAAGAAGAAAAUGCAGGGGAGCAGGAGGGUUCUCUGGGAUCGCACGCAGCUGAACGCAGCAACGAUGUCGAAACUAAAGAGAGUGCAGAUGAACCAUCCACUGAGGUUAUGGCCAUGAUAAGUGAGGAGAAGAUACAGGUUGACUUGGAGAGGGAUCUCGUCGCCAAAGGUGUUGAUGAGAAAGAUGUUAAUGGAGAGCAUUGUGAACGCAUGGGUGGAGAGGGGAAGGUGAUUGCCAUUGAUGAGAAUGUGGAGGUUUAUCUAGAGAGUGAACAUGGAGAGGGAGAAGAUGAUCCCAUUCAUGAGGAUUUGAGAAAGGGGUGUUAUGUGGAGGAAGUUGGUGAAUAUUUGGAGGGAGAAGACGAGGAGAACAAAAAUGAGGAUUUGGAGAAGAAGAAAGCUUAUGAGGAUGAAGAUGUUGGCAAUUACUUGGAGGAAGAACAAGGUGGUGCCGCCAUUGAUUGGAAUUCGGAAGAUGGCGAACGCUCGGAUGACAAAAAGGAGACCAACAAUGCUCGUAUUUCGAAGGUUGAAGUUGAGAAAGAGUCGCGUUGUGGUAUUGGCGAAAGCCUCCUACAAAAGGAUGAGCCAAAUGCGAAUGAGGAAAUGGACAUUAGUGUAAAAGAUGAUGUUAAUGCACAAGCAAGUGAGGAAAGUGUAGCCGAAACCGAGAAGCAAAGAAGCGUGGGAGAAGAUUUGAAGAACGAUUCUACCCCAUUGGAAUCCGGACGGAAAUACGCAUCAGAUGGAACGGGUUCUGAACCUAGCAGUACUGAUGACUAUACAUGCACCCUUGUUUCUAUGGAAGAAGGAAAUGUAGGGGAGCAGGAGGAUUCGAUGGGAUCUCACACACUGGAAUGCAGCACCAGUAUCAUCAAAACUAAAGAGAGUGCAGAAUCAUCCAAUGAGGUUAUGGGCACAAUGAGUGAGGAGAAGAUAUGGGAACAAGUGAGUGCAAUAAGGGCAAUCUUGGGAUACAAAGAUGCAAAACAAAGAUCCACUGUGGAUGAGAUAAAAGCUCUGUUUGUGUUCAUUGGAGUUGAGCCACCAUCUCCAUUUGAUGACCCUUCACACCUCACAGAUGUCUAUCAGAAGCUUAAGAUUUUGAUGUCAAUUGUGGGAACCAAAUAGCCACUUUUGGAAAACUUGAGUACUGACAAUAUGAUGAGGGUCACUACAACGCGACACGCUACCACCACUCUUCACGACACUACUAGCUCGGGGUCUCCCCCUCCUUGCUGAUAAAAUAAAAAGCCACUUUCUGUGGACUUCAAUUUAAAAAAAAAAAUUGCUUCUUUUUUUUUCCAGCUCUGGGGACAUUUUGGUCACAUAUCUGUACCAUGGGUAGUAAUUUUUUUUCAAUUGUGUCUGGCAUGGAAAAUUUAAAAACUACUGUAUGUAGUACAUUU